UAUAAAUUCCCUCUUCACUCUCAGGCUAAGCCCAAUAGCCUUAUCCAACUAAUUUUCACCUUCAACUGCAUAUCUCCCAUGGCUCUAUGCAACACAAUAAGGAAUCUCCCUCUUUUUUUGUUUGAGGCCUCCUUAUAUUUCUCUUUAUUAAUCCCUCAGCUAGCAAACCCACUGAAUUUCAGCUUCCCCUCUUUUGAUAUGUCAGAAACGAAUAAGAGCAUCCUUCUCUUCAGAGAUGCAUCGAUUUCCAUCCGCAGAUCCAUUGAUCUCACAGUGAACCUAGUUGAUGAAGGGCAUAAUUUCAGUAUUGGUAGAGCAUCAUAUAGUGAACAACUUCACCUCUGGGACAAGAAGACAGGAAAGCUAACAGACUUCACCACCCAUUUUUCUUUUGUUAUCAAUCCAGACAAAGUAAACGCGACGGAAUACCAUUCCGGCGAUGGGCUUGCUUUCUUCCUCAGUGAUCCUAGAAAUUCAGCCAUCUCCGAUUCCACAGCAGGUGGUGGUCUUGGUCUUUUUAACUCAUCACCUACUACUAAUCUUUCCACUAAUUCCAUUAUUGCUGUGGAGUUUGAUACCUGGAAGAAUCCAUGGGACUCAAAUGGGAAUCACAUCGGCAUCAACAUCAACUCCAUCAAAGCAGUGAAAACAGUGAUGUUGAAUAAUACUAGUAUUAAGGAUGGGAGGAAGGCUAGAGUUUUGGUUACUUAUAAUUCAAGUUUGCAUUUAUUGAGUGUUUUCCAGACAUUUAAUAGCAAUACUGAAUUUAGUGAGAUCUCACCUUGCCUCUCUCAUACCAUUGAUCUCAGGGAUUACCUUCCAGAAAGGGUCACUGUAGGAUUCUCUGCAGCCACAGGGAAUGCCACCGAGCUACAUCAGAUUUUCUCUUGGGAUUUUUGUUCCAGCUUGGACAUGGGUAAGAGAGAUUUGACCAAAAUUUUAGUUCCAUUUGCAAUUAGUAGCAUAGUUGUUGGUUUGGGUUUGGUUUUGGGUUUGGUUUUGUAUCUCAUGAGAAGAAAGAAGAAAGAAAGUAAGGCAGAUGAUGAUGACAAUGAUGAUGAUGAUGGUGAAGUGGUACUUAAUGUAUCCAUGGAUGAUGAAUUCGAAAAGGAAACUGGACCUAGGAGAUUCUCAUAUGUUGAAUUGGCUCACGCAACUAAUAACUUCGAUGUGGAAGGAAAGCUUGGAGAGGGAGGAUUUGGAGGUGUUUAUAAAGGCUUCUUGAGAGAUCUCAACUUGGAUGUUGCUGUGAAAAGGAUCUCUAAAGGGUCUAAACAAGGGAUAAAGGAAUAUGUGUCUGAGGUGAAGAUUAUUAGUCAGUUGCGGCACAAGAACCUGGUGCAACUUGUUGGUUGGUGCCACCAACGGAAAGAGCUACUUCUUGUAUAUGAGUUCAUGCCUAAUGGGACUCUUGAUUCCCAUCUAUUUGGAAAUAGAUCAGCUGGGUCAAUGACAUGGAAGUUGAGACACAAGAUAGCUCUUGAUUUGGCCUAUGCAUUGCUCUAUUUGCACGAAGAGUGGGAGCAAUGCGUCAUCCACAGAGAUGUUAAAUCCAGCAAUGUAAUUUUAGAUUCCAACUUCAAUGCUAAACUUGGGGAUUUUGGUCUAGCUAGGUUUGUGGAACAUGGGAAAGGGUCACAAACUACUGUCUUAGCUGGUACCUUGGGUUACAUGGCACCUGAAUGUGUCAUGAGUGGGAAGUCUAGCAAAGAAUCUGAUGUCUAUAGCUUUGGAAUUGUUGUUUUAGAAAUUGCUUGUGGGAGAAGGUCUAUUGAGAUGAACAGUACUGAUCAUGAUCAUCCAGCUGAAGUAAGAUUGGUAGAAUGGGUCUGGGAGCUCUAUGGAAGAGGAAACCUUCUUGAGGCAGCUGACCCAAGUCAAGUUGUGGACCUUAGUAAGGAGCAACAGAUAGAGUGCUUAUUAAUUGUUGGGUUAUGGUGUGCUCACCCGGACUACACCGUCCGACCUUCAAUUAGGCAAGCUAUGCAAGUUCUCAACUUGGAAGCUCCAUUGCCUAUUCUCCCAUCUAAGAUGCCUGUGCCUAUGUAUUUUUCCUCUCCAUCCCAUAUCUCUACAUUGGCGAUUACAUCCUCCUACAAUGGUACUGCUACACAAACUCAAUCUUCAGUCAACACCAACCCCACGUUCGGUGAAAAUUAAGUUUGUGUUUUUAUACAUUUAUUAAUUUUUUUCUUUGUUUUCUCCUUUCCUAGUAGUUGAGUGUAAUCCUUUUCAUUAGGCUGUGCUUGGAAUGCAAUAAAAGAAUCUGUACAGAUUUCUUGACUUUGA